AUGGAGCACGAUCAUCAUAAACGUGAGGAUGCUCCACCGACGGAACAUGUCUACUCAAUAUCCCAAUUGGCUAUGGGCUUCGGAAAACGGCCAACAAAUGACACAUUGGCUGCCGCAACAGCUGGCAUGGUUCAUAGUGAUUCAUUUCGCUCAUUUCAAGAUAUAUUUUCCACAGAGAAUUCCGAACAAGCAAAAGAUUUAAUUAUGAGUGGUGUACGACACGAGCUCUAUAAUAGUCAUAGUCGAGCAACAAGUGAAAGUGGUUCUGAUGAAUUCGUAGUUACUAAAAUCGAUCCUGUUGAUUUUACAGCCAAACCUACCGUUGUGCGUGUGGAUAAAGAUGCACGAAAAACGACGAUGUUAUUAGCUGGACCGAAAUUUCGUUUUCAUACAGUGCUACCUGAAUUUAAUAUCAAACGAGAUACGAUUUAUCCAGUUUCGUGUGCAGUGGGAUUUUUCACAAUACUUAUUACAUUAUGGAAACCAAUUUCAUCAUUUUUUAGUGGAUUUUUUGUUGGAUUUAUGUUUAUCGCCGCUCUUGCUUAUAUGAUAACACAAAUCUAUGCUACUGCCAAAGCAGAUGAAACAGUUGUACACGAAUGGAUCGAUUUUCCAGAAUUGAAUAAAUUCCAUCAAGUUAAAACGCCACAUGAAGCGAAACAUACAACUUUACACACAUGUGGAGAAAUCUUGUUUGGUAAAUAUGAUGCUGAUCGUGAUGAUGAUUAUGUUCGUUAUCCAGUUGUCAUACGUUUGGAUAACUAUCAUCUCACUAUUCAAUUACCAACUCAAGCAAUUGAAGAAGAACAUAAAGAUAAAGAAAUUCGAUUUGUUGGCCAUCGAGAAUAUUAUCUCAAAGAAGCUAAGAUCAUGCUUGUACCUGAAGCUACAAUGACGCGUAUUAAAUAUUGGGUCAAUGAGUAUCCUAUAAUCAUUCAAGAUCUCCAAUUACUUGGCAAGGAAGUCUACAGCCAAGAAAAUUUUGGAAAAUCAAAAUUUGACACAGUGGACUUUUUUGACAAUACACAAACAGCUAUAAGUCUGUUUCUAGAAACUGGUCCUGCCAAAGAAGAUUGGUUUCAUAAAUUAUCGCUUGUCUUACGACAGGGCAAAGAAGAAAUUGAACGAGCUAAUCUAGCGCGAAUGGGUGCACCAUCAGCACCUACCGUUGUCUCGAACAUAACAUCUCCAUCAAUCAAUAUGAUAGCACAAAGUGUUCCUGAUACGCAGAUUCCAACAUUGGGCACACGAGCAGAAGACAUGCAAACGAACUCAGUUAAUCUUGACGACCGUGUGCAGAUGAAGGCAGCCGAAACAGUCGGUCCACCUUACGCAGAUACGUCAGCAACAGAUAAAGGUGAAACUGAAGUACUCCGUAGUCAAAUUAAUGAGACUGAUAUUCGCAAUGAUAUGGUUCAAGCACGCUUAGCUGCACAAGAACUACGUAUGGAAUCACUGGAAAAGGACAAAGAAAAAGACAAAGACAAAGACAAAGAUAAGAAAGCAACUGACAAAGAUGCUGAUGUUACGGGUUCACAUCAAACAGCAUCAAUGAAAAAGAAAUUUCGAAAACAGGAAGAAAAUCUCGAGCGUUUACUUGAUGCACCAGAUUGCCUCGAUGAAGCAGCAAUAACGCUAAAUUUCGUUGCCCGUCGAUUACUUUGCGAUGUUUUCGAGGAACCUUUAUUCAAAGAUUUAAUGAAAGAAAAAAUCGAAUUAAAACUGAAAGAAAUUGCCGUUACAGUAUUAGACGAUCUACAUGUUGAAACCAUCGAUUUAGGAAACACUUUUCCUGUUAUAUUAAAAGUUGAGCCUAUGCAAUUCAAUGCGAAAGGAAUUUGGUUCAAUCUAUUUCUUUUCUACCGAGGAAGUUUCAAAAUCACCAUCAAAACUCGUCUUGUUCUUCAACGACUUCUCAAUUACAAUCCUGUUUAUGAUCAACCCAUGUACGCCCAACAUCAUUCAGCACAAAAUGUUCCUAGCGAGGAUAAGAUUGACGAUGAUGAUCUUUUCGAACGACAAAAGUUAUUAGCCAAAGAGCCAGACGUGCCUGAAAAUGCUGCAUCACGUAAAUUAGGUACAUUGUUACAAAAAGUUGCUGCUAACAAACAUUUUCAACGAUUUGCCGCUUUGAAACCAGUUGCGGGCGUGAUUGAAAAGUUGUCCAAUGCUGAAGUUGGUGCAAAGGUUGAACUCACUAGCUUUAGUGGCAUGAUGACGAUCAACAUUCCACCCCCACCAAGUGAUCGUAUAUGGAUCGGCUUCCCUGAAAUGCCAGAUCUUAAUCUUAAAGUGACACCUGUUUUCGGUGAAAGUAAAUAUUCUUACACUUUAAUUCAUGAUUUUCUCGAAGCACGUAUCCGUGAUGAACUCAAACGUAUGGUUGUACUUCCAUCAAUGGAUGAUCAAUUGUUACCACUAUUUCGUGAUUGGGUUAUUGAUGUUAUCGGUGAAAUUGCUGCGAAACCAGGAAAUCCAUUGGUUGAUAGUUACAAAAGUCAAACAUCAUUCCGAGAUAAAUUUACGGAGUACAAGGAUAUCAAAGAGCUCAAUCGUGCAGGAUCAUCAUCACCACCUGAAAAAUUGAAGUCUCAACAGCAAUCAUCGGCACAAUCGAAUUCCACUAAUGCUAUUGAAGAGCUUGGCGAAGAAAUGACUGUACUAUAA